AUGAUGAGAGGGAGGGGGGGAUCGCACCAUAAAAGGGCAACAGGGCCAAGGGAGGCGAGAGGCGAGGUUGUUGAGGAGCAGGGAGGCUGACGAGUGGGGUGGGGUGGGGUUGGGGGAGGGGGGAGGGGAGGGGUUGUGGGGGUAGCAGGAGGAGGAGAUAACGACUGUGUUUGGUCCAUGUGUUGAUCAUGGCGCCGACACCUCUAAAGCGCAUUAGGGAGAGCCUGAACAGGGGGGAGGUGGGAGAUGGAGCUCCUGGUGGACAGAGAGGCGUUGUGUCAGCGGUGUCCUCUCCAACAAUGCGAGCACUUGAGGAGCGCGCAGAGCGAUUUACUAUCGAGAAGGCUGAGGCCGAAAGGCGGCUAGCAGAAGCGGAGCGCCGGCUACGCGCAGCGAUUGAGGAGAUGCACAACAAACGGGCACAUGGCGGGAAAAACCCUCGAGGCAUCUACUUGUGGGAUGGGAACCAUCCCCUUUGCCAGCACUCGGAUUCUUGCUUUGCUCAUGGUGUAGGAAGCCUCUUCCAAAGUUUUCUUCUGGCAUAUGGUGUCAGAGUGGGGAUUGGUGUUCUCAUUCGUGCGCUUAGACUUGUACGGAAUCACCCUUCUUCAGUUCUCGACUUCCAGUUGCUGUUAUCGGAGAAGAACCUGAUUGUCCGGGAGGAGGCCUGUCGUACGGGGAUGUUGUUUGGCGGCUUCACUGGCCUGUAUCAUCUUACUCGCUGCUUGUUGAGGCGUCUUAAGGGAAGGGAAACCCCCAUGCAUACCUUUGUUGCAGGAACUGUCGCAGGUGUAUCUUUAUUUUCUCUUGAUGAUCGAGCUCGACGGAGAGCCUUGGCGUUGUACCUCCUUGCUCGUGUCGGCCAACAUAGUGCCACGAAGGCACAGAGCUUCCAUGAAGACGUCUCUGCAGCGCGCAAUGUCGACAGCAUCAACAGAUGCAUUCACAUUCCGUUCUAUCUGGCCUUGACGUUUGUGCCGUCCGUGGCACUCAACUUCGGGAAGUUCUCGCAUGAGCCAAGUCAGACGAUCAUUCAAGCGACGAGGAGCGCGAUGCGUUCAACAUGCUUUUUGUCCUGUUUUGUAGGGAUUUAUCAGGGUAUCAUUUGCUUUCACAGGAAGUUUGCUAACAGGGAUCACAAGGCGGUGUAUUACAUUGCGGGCCUGUUGGCGUCGGUGUCGCUGUUUAUCGAGAAGAAGUCGAAACGCGCCGAACUCGCUCUGUACACUCUUCCGCGUGCCGCAGAUUCACUGUGGUACAUCCUGAUCAACCGUCAUAUCAUCCCAGACGUCGCUUACGGAGAGGUUGCUCUCUUUUGUGUGUGCAUGGGAGGGCUGAUGUAUUUCCACGAGCAUGAGCCGAAUACGAUGGCGAAGAUGCUUCGAAUCCUCAUUUCGCGGUUCGUCUGUUCGAAAUCCCCGCGCCUCUCGACCCUGAAUUCGUUGUCAUCUCAUCGUUCCAGCGGGGGCCCAGGUCCCACUGCGGGUGCAAAUGCCGACGAGACAGCGGAUAGGGAGAGCAGUGGAGCGUCCGACGACUCCCCGCGCUGGGAUAUUACGGCCGACAAUUCAGAAUCGGAAAUUGCAGGGGAGGUGGACAAGAACGAAAGCACACCGCCACUGAGAAAGGCUCCAGUGAGUGCUCAACAGAAAGGUAAGGAUGGCGUUCCGCUGAGGGAGCAACUGCUUUACGCUCAGAGUCAAGCUCAAGCUUCAGAAAAGCUGAAGUCAGAGAUCUUCCAGGGGUUGUAAUCAAGAUUCCAGUGUAUAUCCCAAGCCAGCUGCAAACAUGCCGACAGUGGAAUGUUUGGCACUCUCUUGUCUCUAUUUCAAAAAACUGCAUGAGACAAAGUAUGUGAACUUGUGUGUAUGUCAGAGAGAGAGAGAGAGAGAGAGAGAGAGAGAGAGAGAGAGAGGGUCCGUCAGGCAUGUUGGAGGUACUAAAAUUCCGGUGUGGGCGCGGGGGGAGAGAGAGAGAGAGAGAGAGAGAGAGAGAGAGAGAGAGAGAGAGAGAGAGAGGGUUUGUUUGGCGUGUCAUCGGGGGGCAUCCAAGUGUGUGAACCGAAGAACAACAAACGAAUUUCUUUGGCCUGAUGAUCAACGUGGCUGUUGUAGGUUGAGUGAUGAUAUCUGAUCUCUUGGCUGCUGCUUGGCAAUGGGCCUCGGUCUCACCUGACCGAUCGAUCGACAUGUGACCAACGUGACCAACGUUUCCAACGAGCGAGCGAGAGAGAGAGAGAGAGAGAGAGAGAGAGAGAGAGAGAGAGAGAGAGAGAGAGAGAGAGAGAGAGAGAGAGAGAGAGAGAUGCAGGGAGAGAUGGAGAGAGAGAGGUGUACAUCACACUCCUGGAGGCUGGAGAGCAAUCCGACUUCACAAGCCCAAUCUGGCGAUUUUGAGAUAGACUCCCAGUUCAAUUCUGCCUCAAGAACCGAAAAUGCAUCCUUGCAGCCAGAUCCCAUCCAACGAGUUGCACGACACUUAUCAUGAAGACUAUUGUAUUGAAGUAUCCAUUGUAACCGUCGGAAGUGCAUUCUUGCAGCCAGGUCUCAUCUGGCUUCUGGGCAAGGCACGGCGCACAUGAUGAUCAUCAACUCGAAGAGCAGACGCAUUGUGACUGAGCCCCAUGAAGGCGCGUACUUGUUGUGAUCAUCGACUGCCAGGACUCUCCUCUUUGGCAGCACAGCGCGUGUCAUGCUCAUCUUUCUAGUGUAGCGAUUCUGUGUCACAAGCGUCCCUGCUCGUCUGUCGAGGCCCUCCCUCUCCCUGUUGCCUCAAGCAUAGGGGUUGAUGUUUUUCAGAAGGCAGUCGAAGGUAAGUACGUACAUAAGAGGGGGGUUCUGAUGUCGUUGUGAUCCGAUCCUCUACUUGGUGGGCGCAUUUGGAGCUCAUUAUGAAUAGAAUGAAUCAGUCUGUGUUUCAGUACUGGGUACGUGCGUAGAUGGUGUUGUCCUCCUCAGAAAGUUACAAAAAGUACUCCAGCUGCAAAAAAGGUGGUGGCAGUGGAAUGUGCUCUCCUACUGGACGGAAUGUCGUCGAGGAAGAUUCUAUUUAUGGGUGGGUGGUGGCGGCACUUGAGCGAAUUGUUCAAGGGUACUGAGACACUGGAACUGGGCCCAUGAGUUCUAAGGGCCACCUCCUACUGUAGGGGUGUUGCCACGCAGGGGGGUUGUCUAUGUGUGUUGCAAUUGCGCAGGGGUACGAGAUACUGGAAUUGGGCCCCGCGAGUGCCUGCUAAGUACGUCCUGCUGUUGGGCAUUCAGGUGAGUAUGUCGCCGCACAACCCCCGAGUUCGCACGUCGCCGCACAACCCCGAGUUCGCACGAGCUGAAGUCGACGAAACUAGCAACUGUCUUUUCUUCAUAGUGACGGUGUGACCUUUUGCGGUCGCUACCGGCCUCGCCACGAGCCGUCAUACGUCAUAUGGCUGUACCACGUAAGCCACUAAGAGAUCGACGUAGCCUUCAGGCGAACCGGUGUUUUAGGUGUCGGCAGGGCGGCAUCGGUUGGGAUCUCGAGUUCUCAGGGGCGUUAGGUGACGAAGCUACCAUCCAAGGCUCGUGAGCAACUGUUUUUUUUUUUCCCGUUGUGACCUUCGCCGUCCUUCAGUGUUCGUAUUGGUCCAGGCUUGAAGCGUCAUGGCCGUACCAUGUAAAUCGGUAUAAAACGGUAUAAGAUGCGGUAUAAGAGCCCCAACGUAGCCUCAGGAGAAGUGGUGUGUUUAAGUGUAGGCAGGGCAUCGGUUGGGAUCUCGACUCUUAUAGAUGCAAGUUCGUGCAACUCUUCGCCCUUAGGUUUGACUUCACUAAUGAAGAGUAUUUAUGUCUGGAAUCCCGAUACCCGAUACUAAGGUAACGAAACCGGGGACAUCUGAACCUAUUGUUUAGGACUGCAAAUCGCUCUGGAGGCCGGUGAGGGAUUGUGAAGAUUGCAGAAAGAUUUAGAGAAGGGACUGGAUUGUGGAGUGUGAGGCAGGAUUGGGCAUUUAGGAUUUGGAAAGAGGCUUUCGGAUGAAGGGGUGUGAAGGAUUGCGCAGAUGGAAUAAUGGGGCGACAAAGGAAUAUAUAUGAAGAAGAGGAUUGGGAAGUAAUGUGGAGCCGCAGUUGCCUUGGGAUCUGUGCAUCUGGUCCUCUUUUGUGGACCGAGACGGACGCAGAGAGGCACAGCAGUCUGAGACGCAAAGUCGUCUGUUUGCAGUACUGGCUCUGGCCCUACUAAAAUCUUCAAGUGGUAAGGAGCCCGAUUCUUACGCGGAGGCCCUCCCCGGCCACCCGGCUAUAGGUUGAUGGUUUUUGUCCCCGUCUCUGGAAUCAGUUGGCGGUGUUGGUGUUGCGCAUUAGGCACACUUUGUCUUUUCUUGUUGUUGUCCUACAAUUUGUAUUAGUUCGGUCUUUCGCUGUGCGUUUUUUUUUUCCUGCGAGGCAUUCUCAACUGGUCGAGGAUGUCGAGCGCCUCGCCAGGCAUGUCAUUAUAAACCACAGGUCCAUAGAAAAAUGAUAGGAUAUAAAGAAUUAUACCGCGAGUAACCGAGUACCGACGAGUACAGAUCCGAGCCUCUUUUGUACGAGGCGGAUUCCCCCCCCUGUGCGCCAAGCCUGGCUGAAAAAAACGCCAGCGCAGCGCUUUUUCUUUCCGUUCGGCCGGCGACGCCAGCCAUUUUGGUCCGGUUGCCCCGAGCCUCCGAAUUCUUCGGAGAGAGGCCUGUCGAUGUUCGUUCUCUACUUCUCAAAUUGCCUGGGGCCAUGUACUGGUGGUGGUUUAAAGUUUAAACCCGUCGGCCAGUACACGGGCACUUGAGGCCGAGGGGGACCUGACAAUUUCAAGGGCACCCGAGGCCGAAACACGACGCUGGCUGUUGGCGGUUGACGAUUUUCAUCGACGGUGCGCGUGCACUCCCCGAAAGUGGUGGCACACCUUUCUUGUGGCAAGAAAAGUUUUCUGCAAGGCUGGGGCCAUCUACUGGUGGUGGUUUAAGGGGCUUUGAGCAGCAGGGUUAAGCAUUGGUGAUAGACGACAUCGUGAACUCAGAGUGCACUCCUGAAAGGCUCUUCUCCUGCUAGCCAAGCUCCCGCCACGUUACGUAGAAGGAGGAGGGCGGUUGCUGUCCAUGAUAUAAUAUGCUCUGCGUUUAGAAACUUCAGGUUCUUUCUCUUUCUCUUUCUCUUUCUCUUUCUUUGGUAAGAUUCUUUUCAAUCACACAAGUGAAGGGUCGGAAGUUGUGUGCAAUCAAGUGAAGGGAUUUCUCUUUCUCUUUCUUUGGUAAAGUUCUUCAGGAGGAUGGUUGUACUGUGUGCAAUCAAGCGAAGGGAUUUCG